CUAGAAUAUCACCUAACCUCGCGUUCAAAUGUCAAUAAUUCAUUUUCAUAAAAGUUUCAAUUGAAACACAGAACUAUAAUUAGUAAUUGUUAUUUUGGAAUUGAUAUUGACAGAUCCCAGUUGUCAGAAUAUUAAUUUGACUCUUCUAGUUUGAAAAGAGCUCUCGUUUCUCAAGUCAACCACCAAAACAUGGACGACAUGCUGGACUUCGAUGAGGACUACGGUCUCGAAUAUUCCGAAGAGAGCACUUCAGAACCUGACGUUGAUCUUGAGAACCAAUAUUAUUUGGCGAAAACCACCAAGGAAGAAGACCCGAAAGCCGCACUUGCAGCUUUCCGUAAAGUUCUGGAAAUACAAGGAAACGAAAAAGGAAUCUGGGGAUUCAAAGCUUUGAAACAGAUCGUCAAGAUCAACUUCCACCUGAAAAACUAUGAAGAAACGAUGGGGAUGUACAAGGAACUAUUGAGCUACAUAAACCAAUCGGUGACGAAAAAUCACGGCGAAAAAUCCAUCAACUCCAUCUUGGACUACACGUCGACGUCCAAGGAUUUUGACGUGCUGAAGUACUUCUACGAGACAACUUUGGAAGCGUUGAAACUUGCCAAAAACGAUAGGUUGUGGUUCAAGACCAACUACAGAUUGGGUUUGGUGUAUCUGGAAAGGGGGGAAUUCAACAGGCUUGCCAACAUAGUGAGGCAAUUGAAACAGGCUUGCGCGUACUCGCCAGAUACUACGGAUUAUUCUGAGGUUGAUUCACACACAGGAGCGCAGAUCCUGUCGAUUUACUCCUUGGAAAUUCAGAUGUACACCGAACUGAAGAACCACCAGCAGUUGAAGAAGCUUUACGAAAAAUCCUUGCACAUCAAAUCUGCCAUUCCACAUCCUCUGAUAAUGAGCGUGAUACGGGAAUGCGGAGGCAAGAUGCACUUGAGAUCUGGAGAGUACGAGGAAGCCUACACAGACUUUUUCGAAGCCUUCAAAAACUACGACGAGUCGGGUUCCCCGAAAAGGAUACAAUGUUUGAAAUACCUGAUCCUAACAAGCAUGUUGCUCAGAUCCGUAAUCAAUCCGUUCGAUUCUCAAGAGGCCAAACCGUAUAAAAACGAUCCCGAGCUGAAACCAAUGAUGGACCUCAUUUCCGCUUUCCAAAACCACGAUAUGAGGGAAUUCGAACGUAUUUUUCAAGAUAACAAGGAAUCGUUGAUGUGUGAUCAUUUUAUUAUGGAACAUAUCGAGGAACUUCUUAAGCACGUGAGAACAACAGUGCUUUUACGUUUGUUCAGACCGUACAAACGUCUGAAAUUAAGUAGCAUAGCCGACGACCUUGGAAUAAGCUACGAUGAAACCGAAAGCUUGUUGAUAUUUUGUAUUUUAAAUAAAUUUAUUUUCGCAAGGAUAGAUCAGAUCGAGGGAAUGCUCAUUGCUAAUAAAGACGAAAAUGUCGAUUCCUACAUAGCUAUGGAGCGAGUAUCAGACAGUCUCGAUUACAUUACUUCAAAUAUUAUAAAUAAUUUACUCGUAAAUUAAAACACUUUUCCUUUGUUAAGCUAGUAUCAAUUUGAAAUUUAUUUUUCAAUAAAAAUUGUUCAAGGAU